CAUCUAAAUCUUUAUAAUAAGAGAAAUAAUUAAUAACAGAUUUUAAAAAUAAUGUAGGUGCCUUAUCAACAAUAUAAAGAAUUUAAAAUAUGAUAUAAGACAUAGAAACAAACGAUAAUUACAGAAGCUUAAAUGUAAGCUAAAAUAUAUAAAUUUAUAUUUUAAACAGUGUAGCUUGGCCUUUGAAAAAAAUAUAAAAUGAUUAAACUUCAUUUCCGAAAUGCUUUUAAGCCCAAAUGGAUUAAUAUUUAAAACAAUACUAAAAUUCAUAUAAAAAUAGAAAGCUUGUUUGGCUUUUUAAUGAGGGUUCUGCCGAGCUUCUUUUUGUAAGCAAUAACAAUAAAUACUUUUAAGGAAAAUAUGCAUUAAAAUCAAAUACUUAUCAAAUGAUUAUUUGUUUAUAAAUUAAUGAUGAGAAAAAUUACUAAUGUACUUUAAAAGAUCUUUAAAUAAAAACGAAAAUUCCAAAGGAAAUUUUUGAUAUAAAUUUGAUUCCGCUUAUUAAAAAUAAGAUUUUGUAACUUGAAGGAGGGUAAAAUAACCAGCUAGAAAGUAUUAUAAAAAACCAAUUAGAAAGUAUUGUUAGUAUAAAUACUUCUUUUGAGAAUUAAAAAAAAGUUAUUUUUGUUGUUCCUAAAUAAUUUACUUAUAUUUCAUAAAAAGAAUAAGAAAAUAUUGAUAAAGAAGUUGAGUAAUCAAGAGUUAUGAUUAUCAAAGCUUAUAUUGUGAGAAUUAUGAAAUCUAAAAAAGUUAUGAGUUAUAAGGAUUUACUUGAAGAAACUAUUAAUUUAGUUAAAAAUUGCUCAAAAACAUUCUAUCCAAAUGUAAAAUAAUUUAAAAAAUGUAUAGAAGACCUCUAAGAUGACUAUAUUACUAGAAGAUAAGAAGAUCCUAAUACUUUUGAUUAUGUCCCAUGAUGAUUUAUAUAUAAUUAUUUAUUUAUUUUUUUAUUUAUAUCUUUUAAUAUUAUUUAAUUUUUUAUUAAAUUUAAAUAAA